AUGACAGCCUCGAUAGAAGCCGCCGAUGUUAUUGGUAACGAAAACAGCCAUGAAAGCGGCAAUAUGGGCCUGUCUUUAGGGCCACCGGAAGUUUCAUCGUCGUCGUCUCAGCAGUCAACGCCAAUCCCCGUACCAGCGAGCUACAGCCAGCGCAACCACAAAGCCACUAGCUUAAGCAUAUAUCCUAAACCUCUUGACGAUCCCAUGGGGCAGCAUGGCCUUGAUACUGCUCCACGAACAAGUGUCUCAAUAGCUGCCUCGCUGAGCGAGGUUCUCAACCCGGACGCCCGAGCAACGACCGCCGUUUUCAAGAAUAAGAUCGCCGAAACUCAGGCUUCUGAUAUCAUCUCAAAGGACAACAGCGCUUCUCUUGCCGAUAGACUUGUUGCAAUAUCCCAUUCACAAAUCAACACUAUAGAAACAGAGAGGUCAACACCUCGCUUAUCUAUUAAAUCACCCUGCUAUUUUCACCAGCGAUUUGAUGAUGCUGUGAAUAUCGAACGCGUUCUGGAUGAAGUAGUUAGCGACGAAUGGAUGUCACAUUCCCGAUUGAUGCAGACUGCUACUGGGGUUAGAGAGGUUUCAAAACAUCUGCAACGACGGUCGAUAAAGCUGGCAGUUAGAAAUGUCAUGAUUGUCACCAAGGCACGCGAUAACAGCCUUGUAUACCUUACUCGAGAAUUGGCCGAAUGGCUCUUAAGCACCCCAAGAUAUGGCAGUGACCUAGGCGUCAACGUCUAUGUGGAUGCAAAGCUACGACUAUCAAAACGUUUUGAUGCUCCUGGGUUGCUGGAGAAGGAGUCGAGAUAUGAGCAUAUGCUCAAAUACUGGACCCCGGAUCUCUGCUGGUCACAUCCUGAGAAGUUCGACCUGGUGAUCACUCUCGGCGGCGAUGGAACGGUUCUGUUCACUUCGUGGCUUUUCCAGCGUGUUGUUCCCCCAAUCCUAUCAUUUUCCCUGGGAAGCUUGGGUUUCUUAACCAAUUUUGAGUUCUCCAAGUACAAAGAGCAUCUCAACCAAAUAAUGGGAGAUGUAGGCAUGCGGGUUAAUCUUCGCAUGAGAUUCACAUGUACAGUGUACAGGUCAAACCCGAAGAAUGGAAGCAAGGCUGCUGCGGCCGAAGAAUUUGAACGGUUCGAGGUCGUCAACGAACUUGUCAUUGAUCGCGGGCCGUCUCCUUAUGUAUCUAAUCUGGAGGUAUAUGGUGAUGAUGAACUUCUUACAGUAGUGCAGGCAGAUGGCUGCAUAUUCUCAACACCAACAGCCAUCUUACUAACACCCAUCUGUCCUCACACUCUAUCUUUCCGCCCUAUGGUACUCUCUGAUACCCUUCUACUUCGCAUUGCCGUUCCCCGUCAUUCUCGCUCCUCAGCGUACUGCUCUUUUGACGGCAAAGGACGCAUAGAGUUACGACGUGGUGAUUAUGUGACUGUCGAAGCAAGCCAAUUCCCAUUUCCAACAGUUGUCUCUCAAAGCGGAGAAUGGUUCCAGAGUGUCCGCCGCACGUUGCGCUGGAACGUACGGGGAGCCGUUCAAAAGGGUUGGAAUGGCAGAGAAGACUGUCCUAAUAGUGAAGUUAAUACUUUGCCUACCAACGCUGAUAAGACUGUCGAUUCUGGACAGUAUGAUGAACACGAUGAUAAUGAACAAGAUGAUGAUUGGGAUAUCGAUACUGAUACUAAUACCGACAUGGGACAGGGCGUCGACAGUGGCCUUGGACAGAGUGAAUGCGGUGAUUCUCCAAAUACAGGCAGUAGUAGCCCUAUUCACAGAGUGAUGAGUUUACUAAACAUCUAA